UUCAUAGUGAAAUCUCUACGAACACUUAUAUUUAGGAAUCGAGGGAGUAUGAAAUAUUUUUACCCUAUUGUAGCCAUGGGCAAUUACGGGUUGGGAGAACUUGCCCAAACCCAAGCCCACUCGAGACUACCAGAAAGGCAGAAACCCUCGCCUCCAUCGCGCGACAAGCGCAUCUACGACCACGUCGGCGUCGUCGCUAAUGGAAGACCUCGUAGAGCAAAUCCUUCUCCGCCUCCCGCCGAAAGAUCCCGCGUGCCUCGUGCGCGCUUCAGUCGUCUGCAAACCCUGGCGUCGCCUCGUCGCCGGCCCCGCCUUCCGCCGCCGCUACCGCGAGUUCCACCGGAGACCUCACCUGCUGGGCGUCCUCCAAAUCCUGCAAGGUGAUGAACCUUACUACUCCCGAUUCGUCCCCACCUCCGUCUUUCGCGUUGUGGAUCCCGUCCUUCCAUGUUGGUUGGUUGUCGACUGCCGCCACGGCCGGGCCCUGUUCGCCACCACAAACCCGCACAUCGAGGGGACCUUGGACCUCGUCGUCUGGGAACCCAUGACGGACGACCAACGCCGGGUUCCCCAGCCCUCGCCGGAGCCGGAGGACUACGUCGACUACGCAGCGGCGGUGCUCUGUGCCGCCGAAGGCUGCGACCACUGCGGCUGUGAGGGUGGGCCCUUUCUUGUGGCCUUCGUAUCCACCGACAAGGGGAAGGGGGUGACCUCCGCCCGCCUGUACUCCUCGGAGACCGGCGCGUGGAACGAGACCACCUCUCUUCAUCACCCCGAGGCCAAUGCCCACUUUGCGGCUAGCGUCCAUGUGGGAGACGCGCUCUACUUCCGCGGCAUCGGGAAUUACACCAUCGAGUACCAACUUACUACAGCCCGCUUGUCCGUGUUGGAGGCGCUGGCCAAGUGUAAUGGGAGGCUCGUGACAAUGGAGGACGGUGGCCUGGGAUUUGCCGCUGUGGAUAACACGAUCAUAACCCUGUGGGCAAGGGAGACUGGCCCUGAGGGCGCAGAGACAUGGACGCAUCGCAGGGUAAUCGAUCUCAAGACGCUGCUUUCUGAAGAUGCCCUCUCACACUCAAUUAACGGAAUCAAAUACUAUAGUUGGAUUCCCGUUGUAUCUGUGGUCGGCUUUGCUGAGGGCACUGAUGCCAUUUUUGUUGGCACCAUUGCUUGCGUCUACAUGAUUGAACUCAAGUCACGCCGAGUCACCAAGGUGCUCGAUGAAUUUGGGAGAGUCUGCCCCUACAUGGGCUUCUACAUUCCAGACAUGGAAGUAGCUUCUACAGCUGAGGGGCCAAAAGAGGGUGUUUUAAAUCUAUGACAAACUCUAUAUGCUGGAGCACGGCUUCUUCGUCAAGGUGGAACUGUUGAAGUGACUUGUAGUGAUUUUAUACAUGUGGUGCAUUCUGGUACAUGACUUCAUAUAGGAUCUGCAAGUCCACUUUUUUAUUGCUGUUCUUCACUUGGCCUUCUGGCCUUAUGGGACUUUGUUAAUGGCUUGUUUCCUUCAAAUCGUUAGCUUUGCCUGUUGGUGUCAA